AUGUCGAACGCUAUAAAGCAGAAUCUUUAUUUGCAAGUUACAGUGAUUUAUGAAACGGAUCAAGCAUCACCACUAACUAAAAAAGAAAUUCAACAAAUUUUAGAUCAUUCUCAAAUACAAAGCAACAAUAACAAAAGCAUUAUACAUAGAAUUUUCUUUUUAAUUAGUUUAUUAUGUGGUUUAAGAGGAGGUGAUGCAUAUAAGCUUGAAAUGCAAAGUUUUUCUAGACGUUUAGAUGGAGGGUUAAAUUUAUCAUUAUAUACUGAAAAAAAUAAUCAAAUGGGAAUGUUUAAACGAAACAAAUAUGGAAAAAGUACAGCUAGAAAAAUUCCUAUGCCAGCAGACCAAGAGAAUGGAAGAUAUAAGCCAAUUAAUGAUAUAUUAGCAAAAGACUGA